GGGGGCGGCGCGCCCUGCGGGGACAUCAAGAAGGAGCACGGGAUCCACCGCCUGGAGGCCAUGCUCUACGCCCUCGACCAGAUCAACAGCGACCCGGAGCUGCUGCCCAACGUGACGCUGGGCGCGCGCAUCCUGGACACCUGCUCGCGGGACACCUACGCGCUCGAGCAGUCGCUCACCUUCGUGCAGGCGCUCAUCCAGAAGGACACCUCCGACGUGCGCUGCACCAACGGCGAGGCGCCCGUCUUCGUCAAGCCCGAGAAGGUGGUGGGCGUCAUCGGCGCCUCGGGCAGCUCGGUCUCCAUCAUGGUGGCCAACAUCCUCCGCCUCUUCCAGAUACCCCAGAUCAGUUAUGCUUCGACAGCACCAGAGUUAAGUGAUGACAGGCGGUAUGAUUUCUUCUCCCGAGUGGUCCCUCCAGAUUCAUUCCAAGCACAGGCAAUGGUGGACAUAGUGAGAGCUCUGGGGUGGAAUUACGUCUCCACGUUGGCUUCUGAAGGAAGUUAUGGGGAGAAAGGUGUGGAAUCAUUUAUACAGCUUUCCAGAGAGUCAGGUGACCUCUGCAUUGCCCAGUCAUUGAAAAUCCCUCAGAAUCGAGAAGACAAGACCUUCGAAUUUGAUAAAAUUAUCAAGCUCCUCCAAGAUACUCCUGGAGCCAGGGCUAUCAUUGUCUUUGCCCACGAUGAGGAUAUAAAACAAAUCCUUGCAGCAGCAAAAAGGACUGAUCAAGUUGGCCAUUUCCUCUGGGUUGCAUCAGAUACUUGGGGCUCAAAAAUGAGUCCAGUAAUUCAUCAGGAAGAUGUUGCUGAGGGGGCCAUCACUAUUUUGCCUAAGCGUGCAACCAUAGAAGGAUUUGAUACCUACUUUACUUCCCGCACACUGGAGAACAACAGAAGAAAUGUGUGGUUUGCAGAGUACUGGGAAGAAAACUUCAAUUGCAAGUUAACGAUUAGUGGGUCAAAAAAGGAAGACACAGAUCGUAAAUGCACUGGACAGGAGAGAAUUGGAAAGGACUCCCAUUAUGAGCAGGAAGGGAGAGUUCAGUUUGUGAUUGAUGCUGUCUAUGCCAUGGCUCACGCACUCCACCAAAUGAACAAGGAUCUGUGCAAUGAUUAUUCUGGUGUCUGCCCAGAAAUGGAGCACGCAGGGGGCAAGAAACUAUUGAAAUACAUCCGCAGUAUUAACUUUAACGGCAGUGCUGGCACUCCAGUGAUGUUUAAUAAGAAUGGUGAUGCACCAGGACGUUAUGACAUAUUUCAAUACCAAAUAACAAACACCACCACCCCAGGCUACCAUUUGAUUGGCCAAUGGACAGAUGACCUACAACUCAAUAUAGAUGAAAUGCAGUGGGGCAAAGGAGUGAAGAAAAUCCCUACUUCUGUCUGCAGCCUUCCCUGUAAACCAGGAGAACGAAAGAGGAUUAUUAAAGGGAUGAGUUGCUGUUGGCAGUGUGAAUUGUGUGAUGGAUACCAAUACCAGUCUGACGAAGUGAGCUGUAAACUCUGCUCCUAUGAUCAACGGCCCAACGAGAAUCGGACAGGAUGCAGUCCCAUCCCUAUCGUGAAGCUGGAGUGGCAUUCCCCUUGGGCUGUCAUCCCAGUCUUUUUAGCCAUGCUUGGAAUUAUCGCCACCAUUUUUGUCAUGGCAACCUUCAUUCGAUACAAUGACACCCCCAUUGUGCGGGCUUCUGGAAGGGAACUCAGCUAUGUUUUGUUGACAGGAAUAUUUCUGUGUUAUAUCAUCACUUUCUUAAUGAUCGCCAAGCCCGAUGUGGCGGUGUGUUCUUUCCGGCGGAUCUUCCUAGGAUUGGGAAUGUGCAUAAGUUAUGCAGCUCUGUUAACUAAAACAAACCGUAUCUACCGCAUAUUUGAACAGGGCAAAAAAUCUGUGACAGCACCCAGGCUUAUUAGCCCAACGUCACAACUAGCCAUUACGUCAAGUUUGAUAUCAGUACAGCUUCUUGGGGUUUUCAUUUGGUUUGCAGUUGACCCACCCAACAGUUUCAUAGAUUAUGAUGAACAUAAGCCAAUGGAACCAGAGCAAGCCAGAGGAGUUCUCAAAUGUGACAUUACGGAUCUACAAAUAAUAUGCUCUUUGGGGUAUAGCAUUUUCCUAAUGGUUACAUGUACUGUGUACGCCAUCAAGACUCGGGGUGUCCCAGAGAAUUUUAAUGAAGCCAAACCCAUUGGAUUUACUAUGUACACUACCUGUAUAGUAUGGCUUGCCUUCAUUCCAAUAUUUUUUUGCACUUCGCAAGCAGCUGAAAAGGUCUAUGUACAAACUACAACACUUACAAUAUCCAUGAACUUAAGUGCUUCAGUGGCCCUGGGAAUGCUUUACAUGCCGAAAGUAUACAUCAUCAUCUUCCAUCCUGAACUCAAUGUCCAGAAGCGGAAACGCAGCUUCAAGGCAGUGGUGACCGCAGCAACCAUGUCAUCACGACUUUCGCACAAACCUAGUGACAGGCCGAAUGGGGAAGCGAAAACAGAGCUUUGUGAAAACGUCGACCCAAACAACUGCAUACCACCUGUAAGAAAGAGUGUACAAAAAUCUGUUACUUGGUACACUAUUCCACCUACAGUAUAGCUCUUGCCUGCUUUCUAAGAAGGCCCUGCUGCAAAAAAGAAAUAUGUCAGUUAUAACAACCUGGUUAUCUAGUCCGCUGCAUCAGACGGAGUCCCAGGAGGAUGGAGAUUUUUCAUCCAUUCUGUCACCUAACCUCGUGUUGGCCUGUCCCAGGGUCUGCAGCAUAUGUACUGCUAGAAGCGAUGAAAGGCCAGGCAGUUCUUCUGGAGGAUUCAAGUAUUCUGAAUAGCUGCUCUAUGACAAUUUCCUUAACUUAUUCUUGGCUUAAUAAGUCACUGGCACUGCCAUUAGGCUGUGAUGCUGGACCUUUUUUCUUUGUACGGAAGGUACGAUCUAUGAGCUCCGACAUGUGAGUUAGACCCAGUUUCUCCUGGGUGAACUGCAAUGGGCAAUGGCGACUUUCAAGGGGCUAUUUUGUCUUUAUAUGUACUUCCAAACUGCAAGUUUUUUGAACUUUCUGUACAGUUUGUGAGGGAUUUUUCUUUUUUUUCCUUUUUUUUUGCAUAUUGCCAUCUAUGUUGUUCCUGAGGUUUGCCAUUGGUUUUGAAUGCACAGCAUCAUGCAAGCCCUGUUCUUUCUAACUUUAGCACAUUACAAAAAAAAAUAUCCCUGAGGUCUAAAAUAAUUCAUGUACAUGACUUGUAUGAUCAUUACUGUACCACGGCGAUUCAUAUAUGUUAUUUUUUUAAUGAAAACAAAAGGGAGAAAAAAAAAGAUAACUGAAGACCAAAAACUGUGCUGACAAGCAAGUCCGCCACUCUGUCUCCAUCCUUCUCUCCACCUCCAUCCUCUGCCUUUCAAAAUUUCUGAUGGCCACAGGGAAAGCAAAACGGAUUGCUGAAUUUUUAUAGAGGUCGUCUUGCUAUUUGGAAUGCAUGCUAGUAAUGUAUUUUACCGUACAUGUUAAUGAUUUAUGUUGGAUAUUUGUAUUUGUGUUUCUAUUUUGUUUCCUUUCACCAAGGUAUAUUAACUAUUUUGCAAUAAUUUCAAUAAUUCUUAUGGUAUUUGGAGGAAAGAAAAUGGCUUUUACAUGUCUUGAAAAAGUUUUUUUUUAAUUUAAAUUUGUUGAUGCCCCACUAUUGACUGACUGGUGUGAU